AUGGUGGAAAUUCAUGAAGUGGAGUCAUCAAUGGCAUUUGGAGAAGAAGAAGUUGAUGAUUUAGAUGAGGAGAUAAGCUAUGACGAUCUCAAGAAGCGCAUGUGGAAAGACCGCAUGCGCAUGCAAAAGUUUAAAGAGAAGCGCGGCGAGGAAGAAGAAGAAGCAGAAGCAGCAAAGCAAGAGGCGUCUCGUCGAAAAAAGAUGUCGAGAGCUCAUGAUUCGAUUCUUAAGUACAUGGUGAAAAUAAUGGAAGUUUGCAAAGGUCAAGGGUUUGUUUACGGGAUUGUUCCGGAGAAAGGUAAGCCUGUUACGGGAUCAUCAAACAGUCUACGUAAAUGGUGGAAAGAUAAAGUUCGGUUCGAUUUAAACGCGCCAUUAGCCGUCGAAGAAGCCCUGCCCGUAGUUUUAGCUCAAGCUGAAUUACUAGACCCGGCUUCUUGCAUGAAUUUGCUGCAUGAUUUGCAAGAUUCGACUUUAGGGUCUCUUCUUUCUGCCCUAAUGCAACGUUGUGUGCCUCCACAAAGGCGGUUUCCACUAGAACGAGGAUUAGCUCCUCCAUGGUGGCCAACGGGGAACGAGAAUUGGUGGGGCGAACAAGGAUCAUCGCAAAAACACGGUGCUCCUCCGUACAAGAAACCUCAUGAUCUUAAAAAAGCUUGGAAAGUUAGCGUUUUGGCCGCGGUCAUCAAGCAUAUGUCGCCUAAUUUUGAUCGAAUGAGACGCCUUGUGAUGCAAUCAAAGUGUUUGCAAGAGAAGAUGACGGCUAAAGAAAGCGCUACAUGGUCCAAAGUUGUCAAUCAAGAAGAAGUUCUUUCGAAUCUCACGAAAAAAUGUCUCCGAAUCAACGACAGUCCCGACGACACCCAUCAAGAAUCAACGGAUAGUAACGAAAGUGACAAAAGGAAGUGUGUUUUCGGUCAGGCUUCGUCCGAUAGAACAUAUUCAUGCCAAAAUUUGCAGUGUCCGCAGAGUCGAGAAGAUUCAAGAUUCGGAGACAAGAACGCGAGGUCUGAUCAUGAACUCAUAUGUGCUUAUCGGGUCGAAAAAAUCGCUAAUUCGUCGGCAGACAGUCUUCCCUGGUACGAUGAAAACCUGAUGAGUACUGAUCAGAUGUUUGAUAAUGAAGUGGAUAUGUUGAGCGUAACGGAUUGGGCUAAUACAGUGCUUGAAAAUGCUAAUUUCAGCUGCAAACAAAGUACUGCGAUGGAAAUUGGAGUGCAGGAUAAUCCAAGUGACUGGGGAAGUGGUAUGGAAGAUUUGGCAGUGGAUGGUGCAUUUGGGUAUAACAGAGACAAUUUGGACUUGAGUCAAAAUUUAAUACAAGAGGAUUUAAUUGAUCAUGUAACACCAACUUCAAUAUGGGAUUUGGGAUAUGGGUGGACCGGAUUUGGCCAACCAGAAACAAAUUAA